AUGGGAAACGUUCACACCUGCGGCCCGAAUGAAGCUCUUGUAGUAUCAGGAGGAUGUUGCGGCUCCAUGAGGAAGAGGACCAUCGUAGGGGGUUACGCGUUCACCUGGUGGUUCGUCACCGAUGUACAACGGUUAUCGCUAGAAGUGAUGACGCUGAACCCGGUAUGCGAGAGCGUGGAAACGGCACAGGGAGUACCGUUAACGGUUACUGGAGUGGCACAAUGCAAAAUCAUGAAAGCCGAUGAAUUGUUGCACACUGCCAGUGAACAGUUUCUUGGAAAGAGUGUUCACGAGAUCAAGACUACGAUCCUGUCCACCUUAGAGGGUCACCUUCGAGCUAUAUUGGGAACACUUUCCGUGGAAGAAGUCUACAAGGAUCGAGAUCAAUUUGCAGCUCUUGUGCGAGAAGUUGCCGCGCCAGAUGUUGGUCGUAUGGGUAUCGAGAUUCUCUCGUUCACAAUAAAAGAUGUUUAUGAUGAAGUUCAAUAUUUAACAUCGCUCGGCAAAGCCCAAACAGCGGCUGUUAAAAGAGAUGCUGAUGUAGGCGUCGCCGAGGCAAAUCGAGAUGCUGGUAUUAGGGAAGCGGAAUGCGAAAAAUCGGCGAUGGAUAUAAAAUAUAAUACCGACACGAAGAUUGAGGACAACGCGAGACUCUACCAAUUGCAGAAGGCCAAUUUUGAUCAAGAAGUAAAUACAGCGAAAGCCGAGGCCCAAUUAGCUUAUGAGCUUCAAGCAGCAAAGAUAAAACAGCGGAUACGAAACGAGGAAAUACAGAUAGAAGUUGUGGAAAGGCGCAAGCAAAUCGAAGUCGAAGAACAAGAGGUCCGUCGAAAGGAACAUGAGCUACAGAGCACAGUGCGAUUACCAGCCGAAGCUGAAUUUUAUAAAAUGGGAAGAAUCGCCGAGGGAAAAAGAACUCAAACUGUAAGCGCAGCAAAAGCCGAAGCUGAGAAAAUUCGAUUGAUCGGAGAGGCCGAGGCUCACGCUCUAGAAGCUAUCGGUAUAUCGGAGGCCGAACGCAUGCGAAUGAAAGCAACUGUUUAUAAAAAAUACGGAGAAGCGGCGAUACUUAACAUCACUCUGAAUGCCUUGCCGAAGAUUGCAGCCGAAGUCGCAGCACCGUUAGCGAGAACGGAAGAAAUUGUACUUCUCGGCGGAAGCGACGCGACCAGUGGAGAACUUACGCGUCUUGUUGGACAAGUACCUCCAGCUGUACAAGCGCUGACUGGAGUAGAUCUUUCCAAAGUAUUAGGAAAAAUACCAGGUGCAAAGUAAUGCUGAGUGAUGUGAAUCCAAGGACGGCGACUAGGUGAAUAAAUUUGAAACAGAUUUAAAGAAGGGGCAAAUCUAUACUGCCAAAGGUUUCUCUGCUACUCUGUCACCUAUC